CUACUCUUCUCUAUUCACAGAGAGAGAGAGAUAGAGAGAGAAAGUUCUCGUCUCCGAACUAGAGCUCUUCAAUUUAUUUUCCGGAGGAGGACUCUAGGUUCAUCGGAGAUAAAUUUCCGUCAAACUUCCCGGAGACAGAGUGCACUGUUCAAAGAAAGCGCUUGAAGCCAGAAUGUCGGCGGUGUGGCUUUAGGAUUCUCGGGAAACUCCUUGGCAGAAGUCUUCUCUGCCUCUGGAAAUUGGAGACUGAACGCAUCCAUAGUUUGAGUUAUCUCAAAAAUCAUCAUGAACGAGGGUUUUGCUGCGGAGAGGUUUGGUCGGUUUUAGGCACAUGAAUGCCAGAGUAUGGAAAGGAUCGCUGAACUGAAGAGACUUCCUUCGAGUAAAGUUCUUGUUUCAGGUCAUCUGCCCAAAGCUUACAUGGACUUGGAUAACAGAGACACUGUACAAGUAUCCAGUAUGCACUUAGAUUCAUUGAGGGAACGUUCAGGGCGAUAUACAGGUAAAGCUAUGACUGGGCCAAUCACGUUAGGGAGAGAAUUAAGUCAAGUGUUGAAUGGGCAUAGUAGUUCAGUCAGGGAAGAGGUGAUUCUGUUUGGUAAUGUUAAAGAGUCGAGGGGUUUUGAGUCGGCCACAUCUGUUAGGACAAUGAAAGCGAAGUAUCCUUUGCUUGAUAUCGAGGAAACCAUGAGCCGUGAUAUUACUUGUAAUCAAAGCAAUGACUUGUCUGAGGAAGCUGGUUCUAGCUCCUUCUCUGGGGCUAGCCAUCCUCCAGAACCCGUGGAUAUGGAUCUUAUAACAACGGUUUAUGUCCCUAUCAGUCCAAACAAACCUGAUUCAGUUUGCCUGAUGAAGAGCUUGUCUUCUAAAGGACCAUUUCUAGAGGAUGUCUCAGUCCGUGUACCUCCAAAGAAGGCUAGCUCGAUGAUACUUUCACCUGCAGAAAGCAUAGUCGACGAACCAAGCGAACAAGUGGCAUCUCUGUCCCCGUUUUCAGUGGCCCGUGCAUCGCAGAACACAGACAACUCUCUGCUGCCACCCGAUUCAGAGAGGGAAUGCAUUUGGGAUGCUUCUCUCCCUCCCAGCGGCAAUGUGAGCCCCCUCAGCAGUGUUGACAGUAUGAAUUUCGCCCGUGCUAUGAGCAUAGCUAAUAGCUCUUGUGCAAGUACAAACCAGAGCGAUGUUGUGCUUUGUAUGAGCAAAACCUUUUGUGAUAGUACUAAAGGGAGUGUGAGUAUGGUCGGAGACUCAUUUGAAAGCGCUAAGACGAGCGGCAGCAGAGUGAGUGAAAGUAGUGGACUAAGCGACGAGAGCAAUUGGAGCAAUUUUACGGGUGGCAUUAACAAGCCUCACAAAGGGAAUGAUCCUAGAUGGAAGGCCAUCUUGGCCGUCCGUGCUCGGGAUGGAAUUUUGGGAAUGAGCCACUUCAAGUUGCUGAAACGGCUAGGUUGUGGUGAUAUAGGCAGCGUCUAUCUGUCAGAGUUGAGCGGUACUAGGUCUCAUUUCGCUAUGAAAGUAAUGGAUAAGGCAUCUCUUGAGAGUAGAAAGAAGUUGAACCGGGCUCAGACAGAGAGGGAGAUUCUACAGCUCUUGGAUCAUCCAUUUCUCCCGACUUUGUACACCCAUUUUGAGACGGACAGAUUCUCGUGCUUGGUCAUGGAGUACUGUCCAGGUGGUGAUCUCCACACUUUAAGGCAACGUCAACCCGGCAAGCAUUUCUCAGAGUAUGCUGCUCGGUUUUAUGCUGCCGAGGUGUUGUUAGCGCUAGAGUAUCUCCAUAUGCUGGGUGUAGUCUACAGGGACCUGAAACCAGAGAACGUUUUGGUUCGUGACGAUGGCCACAUAAUGCUUUCAGAUUGCGAUCUGUCCCUCAGAUGCGCAGUUUCCCCGACACUGAUAAGAACAUCUGACUCCGAUCCUUCAAGACGAGCAUUCUGUGUUCAACCUUCUUGCAUGGAGCCCUCAUCAUCAUCAUGCAUCCAACCCUCAUGCUUGAUACCCCGAAUUUUCCCUCAGAGGAGCAAGAAGAACAAGUCCCGUAAAAACCAAACCGAACUCUUUAGAUCACAUUCAGGCACACUGCCGGAGCUUGUAGCAGAACCCAACACACGAUCGAUGUCCUUUGUCGGAACCCACGAGUACUUAGCUCCAGAAAUCAUCAAAGGAGAAGGGCAUGGGAGUGCAGUUGAUUGGUGGACAUUCGGGAUUUUCUUACACGAACUACUAUAUGGAAAAACACCGUUCAAAGGAUUAGGAAAUCGAGCUACGCUCUUCAACGUAGUUGGAGAGCAGUUGAAAUUCCCCGAGUCACCAGCCACAAGCUAUGCAAGCCGGGACUUGGUACAGGCAUUGCUGGUGAAAGACCCGCGAAACAGGCUAGGGACGAAGAGAGGUGCAACCGAGAUAAAGCAACACCCUUUCUUCGAAGGAGUGAAUUGGGCAUUAAUACGUUGCAGCACGCCUCCUGAGGUACCCAUACCGAUGGAGGCGGCACAGCCACCGCCCAAGUUCGGUCCGAUCGAUCCGGUUGGGUUCGGGAGCAAUAGCAAGAGGAUGAUGGGACCGGCAGACAUGAUGUCCGGAGGUAAAUUCCUAGACUUUGAGUUCUUCUAGCUUUUUACUUUCUCAGGGUUUAGUAGAGUGUGUAUGGGUUGGGUUCUACGUUAGUUUUUUUGUUUUUAAUGUUUGUUUGGGAGUCAUAUACAUGUUAAGGGAGGAACUCGUGUAGAUUUUCCUCUUCCGUAAAAUCCAAGGAUUUUUUGUAUGAACAUGGAAAAAGCUAAAACCAGGCUUCGGAUGGGAGGGAAUUAUGGAGAGAGGGAAUGAAUCAGAUCUGUUCUUGUUGACUGUGA